AUGAAAACAUUGUGGGAGUGCAAAUAUUUCGAACCUAUUUCUUAUGGAGAACUUUUCACAUAUACUACUGACUUAUAUAAACAGAACCUUGCACCAUUUAAAGACUUGUCAUAUGCUCCAAAGUAUUGUGUACAACUGAAGAAGAAAGCCGAGUCAAAAGAAGUAAAUAAAAAUAAGUGCAAGUUCAUUCCUGAGCACGUUUUCUUUGCUGACUUUGAGUGUAGCACAGACGGCUUUCAUAAAGCUUUUAACAUCUGUUAUGACAGUGAAGAUGGUUCAGUGAGUGAAAGCAUUUGGGGUCAGAACUGUGCAACAGAAUUUUUGGAGCGACUUCCUGACAAGAGUUUAAUAUAUUUCCAUAACCUCAGUUAUGACAUAAACUUCAUCUUAAGACACAUGACAGAAGUGAAAGGAACUCCCAUCAUUAAAGGUUCACGAACAAUGCAAAUAACUGGCUUAUAUAAAGGAAGGGCAAUUAUUAUAAAAGACUCUUACAGUGUUAUAAAUAAGAAGCUUAAACUAUUUCCUGCUAUGUUUAACUUACAAACAGGACCGAAAGAAGUAUUUCCAUAUAACUACCACAGCAGUGUUUUGUUAGCAAAUGACAACAGAACUGGUGUCAUUUCUGAAGCAUGUAAGUUUAUCCGGGAUGCGGAGACGUUCAUGAAAAACAUAGAUUCCAUCAAAGGUUGCAGAAUAGAUGAGAACCACUUCGACUUAGAAAAGUAUAGCACAUUUUAUUGCAAACAAGAUGUAAGAAUUUUAAGAGAAGGUUUUGUUAAGUUCCGCAAUGACAUAUUGAAAGAAUUUGAUUUAAACGUUUAUGACUACGUUAGUAUUUGUUCAAUUGCUAACAAAUUAUUUGAGAACAGAGUGUACUUCCCGAAUGGAAAUUUAUAUGACCUCUCAAAUAAACCAAGAGAAUUUAUUUCACGCUGUAUUCAAGGUGGAAGAUGUAUGCUGUCAGAUAACAUGAAACAAAAGAGUAAAGAGAAACUCAUUGCUGAUUUCGACGCUGUUUCAUUAUAUCCAUCAGCUAUAGCAAGACUUUAUACUUUAGAAGGAAUUCCAAAGGUUAUGAAGAAAGAAAUGUUAAGCACAGAGUAUCUCAUGAGACAUUUAUUCGAUGACGACCAAAAGGAACCCAUUGGUGAAAA